AUGAGUGAGCAGGAGGAAGACGACGAUCUUUUUGAUUUUGAGGCUAUUAGUGAUAAUGAUGGGGAUGAGCUCAGUGAUAACAGCUGCCUAAGUGAGAAAGAGGGAGAGGAAGAGAUAGAUGAAGAGGAGGAAGGAGAAGAAGAUAGUGAAAUGGAAAUGGAUAUCGAUGACUUCGAUGAAGAGGAGGUAAAACGAUUAGAGGAAGAAAUGGGACUCGAGAUCUCUGAUGAAUGGAAAGAGCGUGUCGAUAAUGGCAUUUGGGGGAGGCCAAGCUAUAGCGUGGAUUCAUAA